AUGGAAGAGUUCGAAUGGCCACCUAGUACAAGCACUCUUCAAGCAAAUAAUUUCACUUCCGAAGGUAUUAGCGAAUUUUGCACCAACUGGAUGAAAGCAAUUAAAUCGGCAGUAGUGGUGCAGGAUCGACCACGUCACAUCCGACCCUCCAAUCUUAUUAUAUGGACUGUUGGUUUAACUUGCGUUACCGUAAUUAGUUUAUGUGCUGCUGUUGGAAUUGUUUUCGUCAAGAAACUUAGCAAACGAGCAUACAACCACUUUAUCACGGUUCUUGUAGCUGUCGGAGUUGGUUCACUUAUAACUUCAUCUACUUUGCAUUUGCUGCCCCAGGGCUUAGGAGUCGUUGAUGGCGAAAACUACGAAUUUAUCGUGGUUAUGAUGUUUUGUAUAUUUGGGAUAUAUAUCUUUUUCUUCUGUGAUAAAUUCAUUAAAAUCACCCUUGAGUCAAAGAAGAUGAAUGAAAUUGAAUUGUUGAAUAACGUUGGAACUCAUAUAAGCAUGGAAGCCGGAGUUGUUUCGAUCCGUUCGACAGAUGCUUUAAUCAAUGAAAACGAUAAUAAUUUCAAGUCCGAUGCUUUUCCAAUAUCGGGACCAAUAAAAGGAUACAAAAAACGAACAUCAUUGCUCAAGCAAAACAGCGACGUUGAUAGCACAAUUCGUUCCAGUCUCGACAUGUCAAGACAGGCUCAUGGUAUUUGUGUUCAUGACCAUGAAAUAACUUUCAAUCAGACCAAAGACUCGGCAAUAAAAACGGUAGCAUGGAUGAUUGUAUUCGGAGAUGGUUUGCAUAAUUUUAUCGAUGGAGUCAGUAUUGGUGCUGCUUUUAGUGAAUCGCUAUUAAGUGGUCUGAGCGUCAGUGUGUCAGUAUUUGCCGAAGAGUUCCCACAUGAAUUAGGCGAUGUGGCAAUUUUGUUGAAUGCUGGUAUGAACCAGAAGCAAGCUUUAUUUUAUAAUCUACUUAGUACGAUUACCUGCUUCGUAGGAUUCAUUAUUGGUGUCGUCCUGGGUAGUGUCGAAUCACUUCUACGAUACAUUUUUGGUUUUUCGGGUGGCAUGUUCCUAUACAUUGCCCUUUCGUGUAUGAUGCCCGAAAUGAAAUCUACAAUGGAUGAAGCACUGGAAAAUGGUUAUGUUGAUGCGUUUCUUGUUCUUUCGUUACAGACUACAGGCUUAGCUUUAGGAACGUUCUCAAUGUUUUUUUUUGCCCGCUAUGGAGAUUUAAUCAAGUUUUCUUGA